AUAAACUGGUUCUCCGAUUACCAUGAUGCCGAACCAGUUUAGGAUAGAAUUUUGUUUUCAUUUUCCCUUCAGACCAUGCAUUUUUUUUUAGUUUGACAAACUAUUUUAACUUCAAUGAUUGAAGCCUGCGUCUCCAGGCCAGAUGUUGUUAUGGUGGUGAUGCAGUCUUUAGCUCUAUUCGUCAGCAGACAUGUUCUCAAGAGCAGACAACUCUGUCUAGUGUGUAGAAGAGGAGUCUCAACAGAAACGGGGACUUUUCACCAGAAGAUUCAACACAAAAACCUGAAGUUGUUGGAGGAAAAUGGGUACCAGCUUCACACAGACAGACAGCAGGACCAAGUGUUGGACUGGGACCAAAAAAAAAUGGAGUUCUUCAUCCAAAGACUGAAAGAAGUUUCCAAAAAGAUCUACAUAUGCCCCUCCCUGCUUUUGUUUGUGAAUGAGUCUCAUCACCCUGUUGGGGGUCAGUGGGACAAAGAUGAAAGGCUCGCCAUCAGGGAGUUCUCGGAAAAUAUUCAGCGGGAGGAGUUAGAGAAGAAAAUUGAUGAAGUUUACGGUCAUGAGCCAUUCGUUGAAGAAGUGCAUCAGACUUUUUCCAAGGCACGGAAGUACAAGGAUCAUGUUGAGAAACUGGACAUGGUCAAGCAGUAUCAAUUUCAAUCUAAUGUCAGGAUUGCAAGAAUGGUUGCUAAGGUCAGCAAAGAAAAGCUAAUUCAAAAGUUGGAAAAAUUGGACAAAAGUUUAAAGGAAUUUUCUGUUGGUGAGGAAGAUGAUAUGGACAAUGAUGAGCGUGAGGUGGAUGAGUUGUUGGUGAUGUUGUGUAAGAAACAUGAUUUAUAUCACCACUUGAAAACUGCGCGGGAAGUAAUUCACAUAUUGUUCAAGUUCGGAUUUAAGUAUCAUGAAAUUGCCUUAGCAGAUCCUCGUAUUUUCCGAAUAAAAUAUAUUGACACAUUUGUGCAAGUGUUAUCAGAAAUGUGCGAGAACACAAACUUGGGGUAUGAAGAAAUAGUUCCUUUGGUAGAAAAAUCCAGAGAUCGGUUUGUAAGCAGUUUACAGUUAGCUAAUUAUCUUAGGAUUCCCAAAAAACAUGUUCAAGAAGGAAGAAGAUUUACCUACAGAUAUUUAUCAAAAGACCCCGAAAAGGUGACUUCGAAUGUGAAAUUCCUUAUAGAAAGCAACUUUGAUCCAUAUGAAAUUCUUAACUGUCUUUCAAUUGUCAACUUUGACCAUGAUUUGGUGAAGAAAGUGUUUGUUGAUACAGUUACAAUAUUUGAUGCUCACGCUGUGAGCAAUUCCCCUGCAGAGAGAGUGAGUUUGCUUUGCCACAUGUAUUUGGAAUUGUCCAAACCGUCAUUAAAACCAGUUGAUCUGGAUGAUAUUGGAUAUGAUGAUUCUGUAAAUCCUGACUUGGAUCAGCAUCUGGAUGAGGAUGAUUUGGAUGAUCUUGAUCCGGGUUACUCACAAUACAGCCAUUAUGCACUGUAAUAUUGACCUCAGUCAAUUCUAUACACUGUGAUGUUGACCUCAGUCAGUAUGUAUUGUGAUAUCGACCUACAUUUUUUAAAGAAUAUUACAUGUAAUGCCAAAAUGUACUCAGUCAGGGAAAUUUUUAUGACAAGAACAACUGCUUCGAUGUUUUAUGGGCAUUCUUGUUAAAUCCUUGUGUGUUUAUGUUGAGGUUUAUUAAACAUGUAUCUAAAGAAGUAAAA